AUGGAGGUCGUUUCUGGCGUAGCUGUGGAAGUGUUGAAGACGGUAGCUAGUUUUGCCGACGAAAAGAUUAGCUUGGCAUGGGGCAUGAAAGACGACCUAGAGAAGCUUGAGGAGACCAUGUCCACUCUCGAAGCUGUGCUCUUAGAUGCCGAGGAGCAGCAGCAAGAAAACAAAGAAAUAGAAGUCUGGUUGAGGCGGCUUAAGGAUGUCUUCCUUGAUGCUUGGGACGUGCUGGAUGAAUAUGAGUGUGAACUGCUCAGAAGAGAAGUGGUGAAGAGACAUGGACGCAUUGAUAGAAAGGUACGUCGUUUCUUCUCGCGCUCCAAUCCACUUGCGUUCUGCUUGAGCAUUGGUAAUCAAAUUAAGGCGAUAAGGCAAAAGUUAGAUGAUGUUGCCAAAGAUAAGAGUAAUUUCCAUCUAAAAGAACAUCAUCAGGAUGCAAGGCAAGUGCGGAGGGAGAUGGAAUCUUCCUUUGUAAGGCCUUCGGAAGUUAUUGGUAGAGAAAGUGACAGAGAUAAGAUCGUGAAGUUAUUGAUGCAAAAAGACAACAAUAAUAGUAUCUCUGUUAUACCGAUAAUAGGAGUUGGGGGUCUAGGAAAGACUGCGCUUGCCAAGUUAGUGUACAAUGAUGACAAAGUUACUGAGAAGUUUUAUCCAAAACUGUGGGUGUGUGUGCAACAAGAUUUUAAUGUCACUGAACUGACAAGAAAACUUCUUAUAUCUUCUAUCAGUGCAACUAAUACCGUACAUCAAUCAUUGAAACAAACAAGGGAUAUUAGUAAUUUGUCUGUAGAUCAGUUGCAAUUGUUCUUGCGAAGCAUUUUAAAGGACAAAAAGGUUUUGCUUGUACUGGAUGACGUAUGGAAUGAAGAUCGCGGUAAGUGGAAUGAGGUGAGAGAUUUGCUGUCGGCAGUUUGCGCUAUGGGGAGCAAAGUCAUAGUCACAACACGCAAUACUCAAGUAGCAUCAAUCAUGGGCACAACUCGGACACAUCAUUUGGAAUGUCUCUCUGAGGAGGAUUCUCUGUCUUUAUUUUUCAAAUAUGCAUUUGUAGAUGAACAAGAGGCUGCACGAUUUCCAAAACUAAGAGAUAUUGGCAAGCAAAUUGUACAAAAGUGUGGAGGGCUUCCUUUGGCAUUGAAGACUUUGGGGAGCGUGCUUUGCUCAAAAACAGAUGAUGGUGAAUGGAUAUAUGUGAGGGAUAGCGAGAUAUGGAAGUUGAGACGAGAGCAAAAUGAUCCUAUUUUAUCUGCACUGAAAUUAAGCUACAGUACAAUGUCUCCGUCCUUAAAGCAAUGUUUUGCUUAUUGUUCUCUUGUUCCAAAGAACUUUAGAGCGAGUGACUUGUACAUGAUCAGGAUAUGGAUGGCAUUGGGCAUCAUUCACUCGAGUGGGAAAGUAUUGGGAAAUUGCAUUUCAAAGAGCUUUGCGGCGGAUCUUUCUUUCAAUAUCUUGACGAUGCCGAGCAAAAAUUCCAACUCUACAACUGCCCCGAAUGAGAGAGUGCGGCAUUUGAGGAUACUGUUGAAGGAUGGCCAUGAUCAAAGCAUCAUAAUGAUCUUGCAGAAAUUACAAAAAGUGCGGAGUAUUUUUGUUGCUAAAGAAAUGGGUGAAGAGCCUAAUAUUGAGGAGUCCUUCCUUUCCACAUGCAUCUCAAGACUCAAAUACUCGCGACUGUUGCAUUUAUAUGGUUUAUGUUUUGAGGUGCUGCCAAGUUCAAUUGGUGCUCUCAAGCAUUUGAGGUAUCUGAACUUAAGUGGAAACAAAAAGAUCAAAAAACUGCCCAAUUCAAUUUGCAAGCUGCAAAGUUUGCAAACUCUGUACCUCCAUAGGUGUUCAGAGCUUGAGGAGUUACCAAGAGAUAUAAGAAACUUGAAAUUUGAGAUCUUUGCCGCAAGAUAUGAGAUGUUGUACCACAUUACGUAG